AGCAUCCUGUCUGGCGGGGGAGGGGACGAGUUAGCCGCCGGGGCAGCCCCGAGAGCGCAAGCCGCCCCUGCGGCAGCCGCGGCGCGAGGGGCUGGGUGCUCCCGGGUCCUCGCUGGAGCCAUGGACCGAGGCAGGGUGCUGGAGCAGCUAAUCCCGGAGCUCACGGGGCUUCUCAGCCUCCUGGACCAUGAGUACCUCAGUGACAGCACCCUGGAGAAGAAGAUGGCCGUGGCCUCCAUCCUGCAGAGCCUGCAGCCCCUCCCAGCAAAGGAAGUCUCCUUCCUGUACGUGAAUACUGCAGACCUGCACUCGGGACCCAGCUUUGUAGAGUCUCUCUUUGAAGAAUUCGACUGUGACCUGGGGGAUCUUCGGGAUAUGUCGGAUGAUGGGGAACCCAGCAAAGGAGCCAGCCCUGAGCCAACCAAGAGCCCCUCUCUGAGAAGCGUGAGUCCUAGCUCUGCUGAUGUGCCUCCACCCCUGCCCAAAAAGCCUCCACCAGAGGACUACUAUGAGGAAGCCCUUCCCCUGGGGCCUGGCAAGUGCCCUGAAUACAUCAGCUCUCACAAUGGCUGCAGCCCAGCCCAGUCUAUUGUGGACGGCUACUACGAGGACGCGGACAGGAACUACCCCACGACGAGGAUGAACGGAGAGCUGAAGAACUCCUACAAUGACUCUGACGUCAUGAGUAGCUCCUACGAGUCUUAUGAUGAGGAGGAGGAGGAAGAGAAGGGGCGGCGGCCCAGGCACCAGUGGCCCUCAGAGGAGGCCUCCAUGCACCUGGUUAGGGACUGCAGGAUAUGUGCCUUCCUGCUUCGGAAAAAGCGCUUCGGGCAGUGGGCCAAGCAGCUGACGGUCAUCAAGGAGGAGCAGCUACUGUGUUACAAAAGCUCCAAGGACCGACAGCCACAUCUGAGGCUGGCACUAGAUGCCUGCACCGUCGUCUACGUGCCCAAGGACAGCCGACACAAGCGGCAUGAGCUGCGCUUCUCUCAGGGGGCCACAGAGGUGUUGGUGCUGGCUCUGCAGAGCAGGGAGCAGGCUGAGGAGUGGCUGAAGGUUAUCCGAGAGGUCAGCCGGCCUGUUGUGGGAGCCGAGGGCUUGGAGGCCCCCAGGUCCCCAGCCUUCCUGUGCAAGCUGGAUCAGGACAAGAGAUUGUCCCAAGAGAAACAGAACUCAGACUCUGACAGCCUGGGCAUGAAUGACAGUAGUUCCACCCUUGGCCGUCGAGAAGGCUGUGAACACGGCAAAGGAAAGAAGACCAGCCUGGCUGAGCUAAAGGGGUCCAUGAGCAGGGCUGCAGGCCGCAAGAUUACACGCAUCAUCAGUUUCUCCAAGAAGAAGGCGCUGUCUGAGGAUCUGCAGACGUUUUCCAGUGAGGAUACGGUUCCAUGCUGUGGCUACCUGAACGUGCUGGUAAACCAAGGCUGGAAGGAAAGGUGGUGCCGCAUCAAGUGCAACACUCUCUAUUUCCACAAAGACCGCACAGACCUGCAUACCCACGUGAAUGCCAUUGCCCUCGGGGGCUGUGAGGUAGCCCCAGGCUUUGGACCCAGGCACCCAUUUGCCUUCAGGAUCCUGCGCAAUCGACAAGAGGUGGCCAUUCUGGAGGCAAGCUGCUCAGAGGACAUGGGCCGCUGGCUCGGGCUGCUGCUGGUGGAGAUGGGCUCCAAAGUCACUCCAGAAGCUCUGCACUACGACUACGUGGACGUGGAAACCUUGACCAGCAUCGUCAGUGCCGGACGCAACUCCUUCCUGUACGCACAAUCCUGCCAGGAUCAGUGGCCUGAGCCCCGUGUCUACGAUGAGGUUCCUUAUGAAAAAGUGCAGGAUGAGGAACCCCAGCGUCCCGCAGGGGCUCAGGUGAAGCGCCAUGCCUCCUCCUGCAGUGAGAAGUCCCAUCGUGUGGACCCACAGGUCAAAGUCAAGCGCCAUGCCUCCAGUGCCAAUCAAUACAAGUACGGCAAGAACCGGGCGGAGGAGGACGCCCGCAGGUACCUGGUAGAAAAAGAGAGGCUGGAGAAAGAGAAGGAGACGAUUCGGACGGAACUGAUGGCCUUGCGGCAGGAGAAGAAGGAGCUGAAGGAAGCCAUUCGGAGCAACCCAGGAACAAAGCUGAAGGCCUUGGAGGAGGCUGUGGCCACUGUGGAAGGGCAGUGCCGUGCCAAGGAAGAGCAGAGGAUCGACCUGGAGCUGAAGCUGGUUGCUGUAAAGGAACGCUUGCAACAGUCCCUGGCAGGGGGCCCCGCCCUGGGGCUGUCUGUGAGCAGCAAGAACAAGAGCCAGGAAACUACAAGUAAACCCCAAAGCAGUUUCCCAGAGCAGUCUCUCCCUGUCAACUGUGUCUCUGAGCUGAGAAAGAGGAGUCCAUCCAUUGUAACCUCCAACCAAGGAAGGGUGCUACAGAAGGCCAAGGAAUGGGAAAUGAAGAAGACCUAGAAAAGGAUGAGAAUUCCAUCCUAAAGGACUAUCAUCAGCUUGUCCAUCAAAAGAGGAAAUAUUUUCUUCACAGAGACAUCAGGAAAAGACUGGGGCACCCAAAAGACCAGCUUGAUUGUCUGCAUGAUUUUCGGGGCUGUGGGAUAGCAGA